AUGCUGGAAUUGACAAUCGGUGAAGCGGCUAGGGCGCAUAGGUACUACACAGCGAUGACAUCUCAAGCAAACGCUGAAAAAGAAGGUGUCCCGCCUGCGAAACGUUUCCGACAUAAUGAACACGUUGAUCCCCUACAUCCUGAUCCGUCUCCAGUUGUUCAUGUGCGCAAUCUUGGUGCUCAGGUAACUGAAGCGGAUUUGAUAGAAUCGCUCGGGUCGUUUGGUACAAUUGCUUAUGUGACUAUGCUACAAGCACAAAGGAUGGCACUGGUGGAAUUCGAAGAGCAGAAAGCCGCUACAGCUUGCAUAAAUUUUGCUGCAUCAAAUCUCAUUUAUGUUGGUGGAGGGACACCUAUGUUCAACUACUCCACCUCAAAGAAAGUGCAACGAACGGGUUUCGAGUCAGAUACGCCCUCCAAGGUCCUCGUCAUUACUGUGUACAAUGUGCGAAUUCCUAUCGAUGUUCAUGUCUUUCAUCGAGUCUGCUGUCCGCACGCUCAUGUGGUGAGAGCGGCAAUCGUUCGCAAAUCCGUUAUGCAGGCGCUAGUGGAGUUUGAGAAUGUCGAAAGCGCAAGGAAGGUUAAGCAUGCAACAAAUGGUGCUGACAUCUAUCCGGGAAGUUGUACAUUAAAGGUGGAAUUCGCAAAGCUAGAAUUUGUAAAAGUCACUCGUCAGGAUGCAGAGCAGUGGGACUACACAUGUGCCCAAGGAGAACUGCCUGGAGGUCCUCAGCCGCGAAAGCAAAGGAAAACACUUUUGCCUGCACCAGAGCCUUACGGCUAUGUACAGGCCGGAUAUCCAGGAAGUAAUAUUGAGGAAAACAGCGGUAAAGAAGGUGGUUCCCACGCAUCGAGCGGUUUAUUGGGAUCGAGCCCCUACGACAGUCAGGACUCCCUAGGACGUGGAAUAUUACGCCCUCUCCCAGCUUAUCAGUCUGGUGAUCACGGAGACUGUCAAUCUUCACUUGAUUUACCUGGUCGCGUAGUAAUGAUCUAUGGUGUCGAUCGCGAAAAGCUUAACUGCGAGAAGCUGUUCAGUUUAUUGUGUCAGUAUGGAAACGUUCUUAGGAUUCGUUUUAUGGGUAAGAAAAGGGACACUGCGAUGGCUGAACUCGGAACUCCAACAGCUGUUGGCCAAUGUUAUAAAAUAUCUGCAAGGAGUUACACUAUUUGGAUUGAAGAUGUGAGACUGAAAACAAGCAUCUCAAAAUGUCGUGCCGAUGAUGUUUAUCGCUUCUCCACUCCAGAAGUUGCUGCUCGAAAUCGGCUCACGGUUCCAACAAAAGUUUUGCACUGGUACAAUGCUCCUGCUGAUAUGACUGAAGAAAAGAUCAGACAGGCAAGUCUUCCCGAUGACCAUAAUUCUUUUAGAAACAUUCUGGUGUUUUCUUCGCGCAAUGCUCCAGAGCUUAAAUCAGUGACAGUUUUUCUUGGAAAAACUGGAAAAUCGUCAGCUGGAAUCGUUGAAUUGGAAACCAUCGAGCAGGCGAAUGAGGCUCUCGUCCUUGUUAAUCACACCCGUGUUCACACCCCACUUUCAAAGGUGAGAAGAAUAGUCGAUGAAUAG